AUGGCUAGCGUGGAGAUUGUUCGUGGAAUCGCGUCUGGUCAUGUAGAAUGCCAGGAAUCGAAGCCUUCUGGGCCAUCGUUUGGCUUGGGCUGGUUCUCAAAGGAUGAUAACAAGCAAGGGAAGGGCAAAUCUCGACAGGUCCCUGCAGACAGUCCACUCGGUUUCACAGUCUAUCGAAAACCUCCGGUUUAUGUAGGCGGAAGUUCAGUGCUAGUGCAAAUAUGGGCUGUGGGGCUAGAUGAUGUGGAUGCCCGUCUUGUGGGUGUGCAUCCGCCGCCAUGGACGCAACCAUCGCCAGGGACUCCUCACAGGGCCGAGGAAAAAAGUGAAGGGAAACGGCCUGUUCCACUGGGCUAUAUUCCAGGACGAUCUUUCGUUGGGCGUAUCCUCGAAGUAGGGUGGGAUGUUGACAAUCAUUCUCUCAAGAGGGGAGAGUGGGUCAUCGGUCUCAAUAGCGUGCACAAGUGUGGUGUUUUGACUGAAUUCAUUAUCGUUGACCGACAUCGCAUUCAUUGCGUGCCACAUCCUCACAUGCCUGAUCAGCCACUUCUGGUUCUCGCCUCACUGAGUGAGGAUGACAAGAUAGCGCAGCGCAAUUCUCUUGUAUUUCCUGCUGUGAAUGAACCCAAGGGUCUCACAGUGGACGAGCUCGCUCUACUUCCGCUUUCGGGUGUUCCUGCUUAUCGUGCUGUGCGCACAUUGGCGCACAUAACACGCGCAUUAGUAAAGCCUGAUGUAGCUGUACGCCGGUUGCGCGGAAAUGAGCAUAGUCCUGAGGCUACCAUGGACACUAAUGAAGAUGACGUUGUCAUGAUGCGUUCCAUUAAAUAUGGGUCGGCAGAAAAGCGGCUCGACACAAUGCGGCCUCGUAUAUUAAUUUUACGUGGACAUGACGGACCCGGUGCGCUAGCCCUCCAGAUGCUCGUUCGCGCUGGGUGGUCUGUCUGGGCUCAUGUACCUGUACCAUUUGACCUUCCAGGUCUUCCUCACGAGUCCGAAGAAGACCUUCAAAACGAAGAGAAGAAGCGUACGUUGGCAAUACGACGAGUUAUGCUGGAACGCAUUGAAAAACGGCUUCGUGGGUGGGGCGCAGACGAAACUGAAAAAACCUCAGCGACGGCACUUUUCACCUACUUGGCGCGCGGGCGCGUUCGUUUUGACGCGGUCAUCGAUACAAUCGGGGGUCGUGAAAUUUGGGAGGCCGGGCGGGCAUUGCUAAGCCUUCCGGUUCACGAUGCCGCGCGAGCCAGCAUCGAGGGCCAGUUUACCACGCUGGUAGGCGAUGCACCCGACCGUGUCGUGUCUACUGCAAGCGAUCAUUUCCGUGCGGGCGUGCGAGCGCUUCGCAUCGGAAACGCCAAAAGCUCUUUGCAAGUUCAUGAUGACGCCGAGUCAUCUCCAGCAAGUGUAGGGCUCGCCAGGGGGAAGCGGGACAGAAAGAUGAAGCCUCGACCGGUGAACUACGCGUGGGUGAAUGUGAUGUCGGACGUGGAUUGGGAAGGUGGGGAUGUGCGGGAUUCGUUGAGCGCAGUACUGGAGAUGGCAGUAGAGGAAGACGUGCGGCCUGCCGUCGGUCUUUCCGACUUUCCGGACUUGUCGAAAAAAGGCAAAGAGAGAAUGAAAAACAAGUUUGGGGGUGGGGACGGGGAGACACUGGGAAAAGUCAUCCCGUUCGAGAACACGCCUCAAGUUUUCACUGUUGGAGGUGGGCUUGAGCACGGCGGGACAGUUGUGUCCAGAAUAGCUGGAUAA